AUGGGAGUAUGCGCCUUGGUGGUCCCCCUUGGGCAUGCCAAUACUUUCCAGAAUAACAAUACAGGUAGCAUAAAAUUGUAACUCAGAUUCACAUAUAUCAUUUGGUUUCAAGCAUUUUUCAUUUCAGUUUAAUUUUACUAAAUAAGAAAAACUAAUAAAAAAUAUAUAAUUUCGAUCAAUUGUGUACUAAUUACUCUGUUGGCUAUUGAUGAUGGUUCACUCAUUUUUAUGUCUGUUUCAUUAGCAUUUUUAACCCAGCUUUAUAAAAUGCAAUUCUGAAACCCCUCACCAAUAAACUUUCAUUUAGCGGUGCCCUGAUGGAUUUACACAUCAAAAUCUGCAAUGUUAAGAUGGCGUUUAUUUUUAUUUGUGUUUGUGAAUAAACAUGUUGUCUUGGACCAUGGGGCUAUACUCUAUGUUUUUUUUGUUUUUGUUUUUUGUGUUCAGGUAUAACUGUGAUAGGUCAUGACAGUGAGCGUCGCACUCGUGUAACGCCUUGCGAAGAAGCAGGAUGCUAUAGGAGGGAGCUGAAAUAUACUGCUAAUCUCUCACAGCUCAAUGCGCUCACUAAAGUAUCAGAAAGCUGUGAACAGUUUGUAAGGGUAAGCACUAAGUGAAAUCACAAGUAGACUAGACUCGGUACCACUAAAACUACGACUUGCAUGACUAACCUUUAAAUACUGUCAAAGCAUUCCUCACAUAUAACUUUUCAGCCAAAUUAAUAUGUUUCUCAGUCAUCUGCUAAGCUCACACUCUACGAUUGGCAGUGCUUUACUUCUAAAUAGACGCUUUAUACAUACAUCAUUCUCUGUGGUGCUGUUACUGUUAAUAAUAUUUCUUUACUCCGACUAUUCAUUUUUUACUGUACUUUUUAGAAAAAAAAUAUUUGUUUUUUGUAGAAAUAGAAGAUAGAUAUGGUAAUAAGAAAAUCAGAAUAUCAACACAAUAACGUAGAAUCAGGACAGAAACAAUUAUUUUACAUACACAAGGUGUCAUUGAGUAAAUAGAAAAGAUAAUACGACUAGGCUUCUUUUAAAAAUGUCACAAAAUGAUGGAAAAGAGAGGAGGAUUCUGGUAUCAGUUUUACUGUUUACGUUGAAACUCUCUUGGGCACCCCCAAUUGUAGGAGGACAAAAAAGAGAGCAAGGCUGGAACAGUGCUACGAAAACUGAAAGACUUGUUUACCUAAAAAUACUUUUUUGGUACCUUUGCAUUUUUUAUUGCAUAUUUUAUAUCCUUUUACUGCUAUUUUAGUUAUUUAUUGGCUUUAUUUGGCGCUACCUGUUUCCUUUGUUGCAUUUGUUUAGCUUUCUCCUGGAGGGUUUGAGGGUUACCCUAUUUUCAGGUGUGCAGCCUUUUUUUAAAUCAGUUUCUGUAGCGCUUUUCCACCCUUGCUCUCUUUUUUACCCCCAAAUGUAAGUAGUUAAUCUGUUUUAGAAUGUUUCAGCUUCUUACCUGGUUCCUGCUUUGGAGAUUCUCUUAGUGAUGGCUGUAAGUCUGGUAGUGCAGGGCUAGCUCAUUGGCUGAAUGUGUCAGUUGAUCACUCUGAGCCUGUACACCAUGCUUAGCUCAGAAAGAGAGCUUCCUACUCUCUGACAGCUGAGGGCACUUCUAUCACCAUAACCACUGCAUCGCAUUGUAGUGGUUAUGGUGCUUGAUGUGUUCUUUAAGAAAUAUGCAAGUAAUUAUUACAUAAUAAUGGUGUAGUUGUAUGAUUUAGUUGCUAAUUUUCCAAUGAAAUGUAUUUAAUAAUACAUUGUUGCUAAAAGCCAUGUUUUUACCCCCAUGAAAAGGACAUUUGUAAGAUGGUAAACUGGCUUACAGCUACAGUCACGCUAAUGCACUUUACAAUUACGCUAUUGUAUUUUAUAGUCACAACUGUUGUUUUCUAGACUUUGCGUACAGAGCAAUUUAUUAAUGAGGCAACAGAAUACAAAAGAGGAAUAUUAUGCCAUGAAUAAAUAUAUUCCAAAGAUGCAGCAAUCAAAAAUACAAACAUAUUCCUGAGGAUAAAUGCAAAAUCUUGGUGAUCAAUACGAAAAAACCCUAUACAAACAUAGUGUAGGAUUAAAUGAAGUGUUAGAUAGUAAAUGUAUAUAAAUGUAUCCAUAUAGACAUUGCUAUGCAUUUAAUAGUAUUCCAUAUUGUUUGGUAUAUCGUUUUAGCUUGAUUGCCGCCACUUGCGUUUCCUCCAGUCUAGCUGGGGCUGGUGGGUUUCCUGGGAUGGAAACAAGAUGAAUUACUGGGGAGGGGCUAAUCCAGCCUCUGGCGGCUGUGCAUGUGGAAAGUCAGGUAUGUAAAUACUCACUAAAAUAUACAGUUCUACUUUAAAUACAGGGUGGCACAGAAGUAGGUAAACAGUAUAUGUAAAAUUGCAAUAUAAGUUCUAAAUUCUAUCUGCCUUCCGCUAUCCUUUCCAACUGCCACACUAUUUAACUGCAUGCGAUGUAAAAUCCACUUUGCUGUGUGUCCGUGUGUAUAGUCUGCUGUGAUGAAUUUCACUGAUUCAUCUGUAGACCAAUUUUUGGGCCACCGCUGAUAUAUUAUGUAUUUGUAACACUACCAGUAUCUCUAAUCUGGUAAAUUCUCCCCGAGGUGGAGGCUUCACAAGUCACCAUUUGAUUCUGAGCCAGCUCUGCAACAUGUUUGCUUGGAAAAUUACAGUCCAGUGAAUCUGGUUUAUCCUGGGGAUUGUACUACAACAUGUAGCUCUUUGGCCAGAUGUAAUUGAGGAUAUUGUUACAUACUUGAUUCAUGUAAAUGGAAGGUCUAAGUUGCAAAUUGUAUAGUUUUUAACAGUGCAGUUAAAAAAAUAUGCAUUUACUUGUUUUCAAAAGAAAUAUUUUAUAAAAGUCAAAACUUUUCUUAACUGCAAAACUUUGUUUCUGGAGCUAAGCUAGUCUGUGCAGCGUCCAAGAAAAUGCAUUGUGAACACAUUGGCUAUAAUAUAACUUAUGAGCAUUUAUUCACAUUUGAAAGCUAUAUAAACAAACAUAAAAAUAGCUAUUUCUAUGUAAAAUGUCAAUAAUGAAAGAGAUUUUUACAAAUUAUGCUGAAAAACCCACAAUAUAUCACAAUGAUGUUGGGCCACAAAAUGACCCAAGUGUGUAGGCUUUCAUGGAACAAUAUUUGGAGGCUUGGUGUCUUAUUGUGAAAUACAUAUCUCACAUAGGAGGCUGCUGGUAGGUAGCAAUUCUUUAUUCCAGCAAUUAGCAGCACUUAAUAGCUCUGAGCAGAGUGACAGAAAAGACGCCACCAACAUUUGAUAAAAAGACGUCACCAACACACUCCGAUGUUUAUUCAAAUGGAACAUAAGAUGGAGAAAGGAAAUGUCUAAGGUAGAGGUCUCAAACUCAAUUUACUCUGGGGUCACUAACAAAGAAUCAGGCCCCCUGCUCCCGCCCCGCUCGCAGCGUCCUUGCUUAAUCCAUCACCGUGAGCAGCGUCUUCUGGUACCUGUCCGAAACUUGCGGCUAUCCUCGCCGCCACUGCCCAGACUGACAGUGUUUCUGACGCUGCACGCUCCGAGGCAGAUUCCUUAUAUGUGUGCUGUACCCGGUCAUGUGACCCCGCACACAGUGUUGACCUCAGAAAUCACAAGAGAGGGAAGAAAUAUCUCACACGUGUUGUGAUUAACACUAAUUGGAGGUUAGCCAAUCAGACACACCUUGUGUGUUUAUAAGCUUACCUCCCCCUUGCCUCAGUACCCUGUUGUGGUCUUUACUUAGCCCAAUAGUGUGUUGUACUUUGUCUGGAUAUUCUGGUUACUGAUAUUUGGCUUGUCUUAUAUUUACUCUUUCUUCUCUGCUCCCUGACCUUGGCUUGUCUCCUCGUAUUUCAUCUCUCUUUUUCCCUUUGACCUUGGCUUGUACUUUGAUUAUCCUUUUGCAUAACCCGGCUAUUCUAAGGACCGGUAUUGCAAUUCUGUCUGUUGUGUCCUGUCUGUCAGUUAGGGUUCCCUACCAAUCGUGACACAAAGUCUUUAUCUUCCAAAGGGGCUACAGACAUGUACUAUCAGACACACACAUCCAUAUUCCCAUACAGGAGCAAAAACACAGAUUUGUACUCACAAACACACAGAUCUAUACUCUCACACAAACACAUAGAUCUAUACUCUCACACAAACACAUAGAUCUGUAUUCCUAGAUAGUGAUGUCGCGAACAUAAAAUUUUCGGUUCGCGAACGGCGAACGCGAACUUCCGCAAAUGUUCGCGAACGGGCGAACCGGGUGAACCGCCAUAGACUUCAAUAGGCAGUCGAAUUUUAAAACCCACAGGGACUCUUUCUGGCCACAAUAGUGAUGGAAAAGGAUGGUGAUGGGCUCUAGCUGCAGUCUGGCUCCACUCGUCUGGUGUAGAACAGGCUCUCUGGAGGCUGUUUGUGUUCUGGGAGAACGGGAAGCAGCUCCAUUUUUUUAAGGCCCUUUACACAGCUCAAGGUCUGGGCCCCAGGGUCCACCUUCAUGUUCUAGUUUGUUCACAGGAGUAGGGGAUGUCCUGAUAUGUGUGUAAGGAAUGCAUUGUGUGAACCUGUGUUUGUAUGUGUAAGGGCUGCAAUGUGUGUUUCUAUGUAUGUACGGGAUGCAGUGUGUGCGUCUGUAAGGGGUGCAUUGAGUGUGUGUAAGGAAUGCAUUGUGUGUUUCAUUGUGUGUAAGGGUUGAAUUGCUUGUGUGUGUGUGUAAUGCAUUGUGUGUUUUUCUGUGUGCAAGGGGUGCAUUGUGUGUGUGUGAUGGAUGUCAAUCUCUCCCCCCUCCCUUGUCACUCUCUUCUCCCCCUCUCCCUCCCUCGUCACUCUCUUCUCUCCCCCCUUGUCUCUCUCUUCUCCCCCCCUUGUCCCUCUCUUCUCCCCCCUCUUGUCCCUCUCUUCUCCCCCCUCCCUUGUCACUCUCUUCUCCCCUGCGUGUCCCUCUCUUCUCCCCCCUCCCUUGUCACUCUCGUCUCCCCCGUUGUAACUCUCUUCUCCCCUCCCCACUCUCAUUCCCCCUCCUAACCCCGUCAAUUCCCCUCCCUGUCAAUUUCUCCCCCCCACCUUGUCAAUUUAUUCCCCCCACCCUGCCUGUCCAUUUAUCCCCCCACCCUGCCUAUCCAUUUAUCCCCCCCCCACUGUCCAUUUAUUCCCCCCCUCCCUGUCCAUUUAUUCCUCCCCCUGUCCAUUUUAUUUCCCCCACUCCCUGUCCAUUUUAUUUUCCCCCUCCUGUCCAUUUUAUUCCUCCCCCUGUCCAUUUUAUCCCCCCCUCCCCUCCCUGUCCAUUUAUCCCCCUCCCCUCCUGUCCAUUUAUUCCCCCCCCCUCCUUGUCCAUUUGUUCCUCCCCUGUCCAUUUAUUCCCCCUCCCCUACCUCUAUUGUAGCGUGGCCGAGCCCUGUAUGGUCCGCGGGUACAGGGAGCUUUUGUUUCCUGUACCCGGCUGGACUAAAAGGAAGUGAACACUCAGUGUUCACUUCCUGUUAGUCCGGCCAGGUACAGGAGACAGAUGCUCCCUGUACCCGCGGAUCAUACAGGGCUCGGCCACGCUACAGUGAGGGAGUGACAGGAGGGAGCGCUGAGCGCUUUCCUCCUGUCAGCCCCUCUCCUCAGGCUGUGCCAGGGCGGUGCGGUCCGCCCUCAUGGACGCACCGCCCGGGCAAAGCUGCAGCCGCCUGAGGCUCUCUACAGAGCGCUCGGGCGGCUGCAGCAUGAGGGGGGCCGGCGCUCCUGGCGGCGCCCCUUCCCAAGGGGCACCCUAGGCGGCUGCCUAGUCCGCCUUACAGGUAGCACCGGCCCUGUAUGCAGUGAAAAUAACGUGGAUUCAACCACACGCAUAGAAUGAAAUCAGCCCUUUUAUCUGUGCUUAAAUAACCCCAUCGGGUGAAGUAUACAUAUAGCUGAUUACCUCCUUUGUAGUUCAGAGAAAUCCACUUAAACCUAAAUUUAUCAACCCUUAAUAUCCUAUAGCUAUAAUAGCCCAGAGGUACGCCACCCUGCAGUGGACCCUAAAAACAUUCUCCAAAAUCCCUCAGUAAUCCUCAAUGCUAAUCCCUAAGACUCCUGUUAACACCUUCAUGGGUGUUCUAAUCUAAUGCUCACUCUUAAGAAGCAUAGCAGUCUCUCUCAGUCCCAAUUGUCAUAACCAACUAACGAAAAAAUGAAUUAAAAUGUAAGCAAUAAGAGACGGAUCUAAAUACCCAUCAUGUCCUUAAGUAGUGCUCUGUGACAAACAAAGUGAAAAAAAUGAAAAUUAAAAAGAAACCAACGCGCGUUUCGGUGUAGCAUUUCACCUUCGUCAGGGGUAAGCUUACCUCCUGAAAGCCCGGGACUUUUAAACGAGUAACAGCCAAUAAGGUGUAAGUCUCCCUCUCGUCAUAGGUGAUGCGUGGAUUUCCCUUGCGUCAUUGAUGACGUGUGGUACCGGGGGAGGUGUUUCACACUGACGUCGUCCGAUUGACAGGACGGACAGUUCCAAUUGCCCAACCUUGGAAUUGUACCUAGAUGUAUUGGCACAUUUCAUGUCCUUAACAAGUAAUGAAGGAUGAGGGUAGAAGCUGUGAUUGUCUAAACGAUCUUGAGAAGCCACCUUGUGUUCCAACUUUAAUGGGCAGGAAAAAUUUAUACAUGAUCCACUUCCCCUUAUAUAGUGGGGAGAUUAUUUGACAAUGUUCCAACAUGCUUAUUGUGAUGAACAGGAUAUGUCCAAUGUUAAUGCUGUCCCUAUACACUAUUAUGAAAAACUCUUAACCCCUUAAUGACACAUGACCGAAAUAUUCCAUCAUGAUUCCCAUCAUGUAUCCUAGUAUUUUAUAUGUUAAGCUUAUAUUCUGUGGGCUUGGAGGUAGGUAUUGCUGUUCAAAUUAUUUACAUCAUUUUUUUUAUGAUUGCUACAUUCUAUAGAUGAGUGUCAAUAUUUACAGUGCAUUCCAAUAUUUACAUGUUAUAUAUAUAUAUAUGUUGUUUGAGAUUAUGUAAUGAACGGCAAAUAAGAGAAGCCCUCGUUCAAACCCUUUGGGGACAGUGUUGGCAGGCGGUAAAUCCAAUAGCCCUCCCUCCUUCUCAGACGCUGGUCCCAAUUGCCCCUUCUCUGGUCCUGUGUCACCAGUUUUAUGCCCUAAAAUUUAAGAACGGUGGGAUCUCCCUGAUGGAAGUUCUUAACAUGUCUAGAGAUUGGAGUCUCUAUAUGUCUUACAGUUUUUACAGAAUUUACAUGUUCCAAUAUUCUUCUCCUGAAGGGACGAAAUGUUUUCCCCACGUAUAACAUCAUGCAUUGACAGGUAAUCAGAUAGACCAAGCCCUUGGAGCUGCAGUUAAAGAAGGAAGGAGUGUCGAAAGUCAGACUGUUUGAGCUAUUUUUUAAGAUUUUGGACUCUUUUUUUUUUUUAUGAAAUCACAGGCUUUGCAUCUACCACACCUGUAUGUUCCUUUCAGACUAUUUGAUAACCAGUGGGUAGGUGAUGUGGUUCUCUGGAAAUGACUGUGUACAAGGGAAUCCUUAAGAUUCCUUCAUCUUCUGGUUACUAAGCAUGCCUGUGACGGUAUGAUGUCUUGUAAUUGUUCAUCCUGUUUUAGCAGGGGCCAGAACCUGUUCAUAAUGGAUCUAACUCGAUCCCAACCUGCGUCAAAUGUGGCGACGCAUCUAAAUUGUUUCUGUUCCGACCCCUUCAUUUUCAGGGAAGAUGAAUUAUCUUAACAUAGAAACAUAGAAACAUAGAAUGUGACGGCAGAUAAGAACCAUUCGGCCCAUCUAGUCUGCCCAAUUUUCUAAAUACUUUCAUUAGUCCCUAGUCUUAUCUUAUAGUUAGGAUAGCCUUAUGCCUAUCCCACGCAUGCUUAAACUCCUUUACUGUGUUAACCUCUACCACUUCAGCUGGAAGGCUAUUCCAUGCAUCCACUACCCUCUCAGUAAAGUAAUACUUCCUGAUAUUAUUUUUAAACCUUUGUCCCUCUAAUUUAAGACUAUGUCCUCUUGUUGUGGUAGUUUUCUUCUUUUAAAUAUAGUCUCCUCCUUUACUGUGUUGAUUCCCUUUAUGUAUUUAAAUGUUUCUAUCAUAUCCCCCCUGUCUCGUCUUUCCUCCAAACUAUACAUGUUAAGAUCCUUUAACCUUUCCUGGUAAGUUUUAUCCAUGAACCAGUUUAGUAGCCCUUCUCUGAACCCUCUCUAAGGUAUCAAUAUCCUUUUGAAGAUACGGUCUCCAGUACUGUGUACAAUACUCCAAGUGAGGUCUCACCAGUGUUCUGUACAAUGGCAUGAGCAUUUCCCUCUUUCUACUGCUAAUACCUCUCCCUAUACAACCAAGCAUUCUGCUAGCAUUUCCUGCUGCUCUAUUACAUUGUAUGCCUACCUUUAAGUCAUCAGAAAUAAUCACCCCUAAAUCGCUGUUGAGGUUAGGACUCUAUCAAAUAUUCUGUACUCUGCCCUUGGGUUUUUACGUCCAAGAUGCAUUAUCUUGCACUUAUCCACAUUAAAUGUCAGUUGCCACAAUUCUGACCAUUUUUCUAGUUUACCUAAAUCAUUUGUCAUUUGGCUUAUCCCUCCUGGAACAUCAACCCUGUUGCAUAUCUUAGUAUCAUCAGCAAAUAGACAUACCUUACCAUCAAGACCUUCUGCAAUAUCACUAAUAAAAAUAUUAAAGAGAAUGGGUCCAAGUACAGAUCCCUGAGGUACCCCACUGGUGACAAGUCCAAGCUUCGAAUAUAUUCCAUUAACUACAACUCUUCCCUUAUAAGGUUCUCUCUCUCGGUAAGGAGAGCUCUGUGAUAAGCUCUCUUAAGACAUUUGUUUUGAUAUCCUUUCGAUCUAAACAUCAACCGCAGCUCUCUAGCCUUAGACUUAAAGUCCUCAAUGUCUGAACAGUUACGCGUAAGGCGUAGAUAUUGGCCAAUGGGAAUUCCCUUUUUCUGUGGAGUUGGGUGGUGACUCCUCCAAUUUAGUAGACUAUUGGUAGCCGUACAUUUCCUAACUAGGUUGGUCUUUAUUGUUCCAUCGGAAUUCGGAGACAAGGUGAGGUCCAGGAAGGUAAGGGAAGAGGUACCCACUUCAGCUGUGAAUUUUAGGUUUAAGUCAUUGAUGCUGAGUGUCUGUACAAAGUGGGAGAAUUGUUCCCCUGUGCCUGUCCAUAUAAUCACAAUGUCAGCUAUGUACCUUUUCCAAUAGUAGAUGCAUCGGGUGAAGACAUUAUUGGGAUCCGCAAAAACUAUUUGCUCCUCCCACCACCCCAGGUGCAGGUUGGCAUAAGAGGGCACGCAAGAUGUCCCCAUCGCCGUUCCCUGCACCUGGUGGUAAUACACUCCAUCGAACAGAAAACAAUUAUGUGUCAAGACAAACCUGAGAAGAUCUAUUGUAAAGUCACUAUGUCUGUCUAGGUGGGUGCCUCUUUUCCUUAAAAAAUGGCUAGAAUGUUUAAGACCCAAGGAAUGAGGAAUUGAGCUGUAAAGGGACUCAACGUCCAGGCUGCAAAGUAUGGAUUGAUCAGGCAUGGAAAUGUAUGGCUACCAAUAGUCUACUAAAUUGGAGGAGUCACCAUCCAACUCCACAGAAAAAGGGAAUUCCCAUUGGCCAAUAUCUACGCCUUAGGUGUAACUGUUCAGACAUUGAGGACUUUAAGUCUAAGGCUAGAGAGCUGCGGUUGAUGUUUAGAUCGAAAGGAUAUCCAAACAAAUGUUUUAAGAGAGCUUAUCACAGAGCUCUCCUUACCGAGAGAGAGAACCUUAUAAGGGAAGAUAAUUCAUCUUCCCUGAAAAUGAAGGGGUUGGAACAGAAACAACUUAGAUGCAUCGCCACAUUUGACGCAGGUUGGGAUCGAGUUAGAUCCAUUAUGAACAGGUCCUGGCCCCUGCUAAAACAGGAUGAACAAUUAAAAGACAUCAUACCGCCACAGGCAUGCUUAGUAGCCAGACGAGGAAGGAAUCUUAAGGAUUCAGAGAACAACAGCACCUACCCACUGGUUAUCAAAUAGUCUGAAAGGAACCUAUCUACCUCCAAGCCCACAGAAUAUAAGCUUAACCUAUAAAAUACUAGGAUACUAAUUAUUGAUGAUACUGUCCCCUUAAAAGUUUUUCAUAAUAGUGUAUAGGGACAGCAUUAACAUUGGACAUAUCCUGUUCAUCACAAUAGGCAUGUUGGAACAUUGUCAAAUAAUCUCCCCACUAUAUAAGGGGAAGUGGAUCAUGUCACAAUAUGUAUAAAUUUAUCCUGCCCAUUAAAGUUGGAACACAAGGUGGCUUCUCGAGAUCGUUUAGACAAUCACAGCUUCUACCCUCAUCCUUCAUUACUUGUUAAGGACAUGAAAUGUACCAAUACAUCUAUGGCUAUGCUUCUUAAGAGUGAGCAUUAGCUUAGAACACCCAUGAAGGUGUUAACAGGAGUCUUAGGGAUUAGCAUUGAGGAUUACUGAGGGAUUUUGGAGAAUGUUUUUAGGGUCCACUGCAGGGUGGCGUACCUCUGGGCUGUUAUAGCUAUAGGAUAUUAAGGGUUGCUAAGUUUAAGUGGAUUUCUCUGAACCACACAGGAGGUAACCAGCUAUCUGUAUACUUCACCCGAUGGGGUUAUUUAAGCACAGAUAAAAGGGCUGAUUUCAUUAUAUGCGUGUGAUUGAAUCCACGUUAUUUUCACUGCAUACAAGCCCUAGCUACAUAGAGACCAGAUGUAGCAUCAUUACAAAUAGGCACCAUACUGCUACUUUGUUACCAACCAUCUCAGGGUUUAUGUCCCUCUCUGAGUCGGUAUAGCCACAGAACAUUAAGGGUUAUUAAACCCCAGUGGAUUCCUUUAAACUGCACAAAUUAAUCAGCCUCAUGCACAUUCUACCCAAUGGGGUUAUUCAAACAUAGAUAAGAAGGCUGACUCUACUCCACAUGUAUGUAGGUCCCAGUGUACGAUCCCUUCACUUGUUUACUUUUUGCGCUCACUAUUUUAUUUAAAAAGUUACUUUCGCAAUCCUCUCUUUACAUAUAUCCCUGUAGGUUUAGAGGGUAACUCCGCGAGCUUAACUCCACAGACAGCAUUUUUUUCUAAGUAUAUAUUACAUUGCAUUUGAUCACUAAGGCGAUUAUCAAGUGGACAAUUUAUCGCCAUAUCAUUAUAUUCGCUAUACUGAGACUAAUGCAACAUUAUUAAAAGCAGACUUAAUAUUGCUAGUCUACUAUUAGCCAGUCUAAGGUUUGUGCUCUUCUUUUUUCACAGUGUACGUUUGAAGUUGAAGGACUAAUAAAGCUAUAUAUGCACAUUUUUUGUUUAAAGGGCACAUGUGAUGAUAAUUGGAACAAUUGUUUUUUAUUUUCCCUCGUGUAUAUACCUACCAUAACCAAGUUAGAGACAACUGUCAUCAUUCCAAUAGUGUUUUUCACGUACUACUGUUACCAGCAUUAAGAUCUCCCUAGCUGGAGAAUACUUUUCUUCUUUUUUUCAGUCUUCAUUUUUCGGGUUCAAGCCCUCAGGUGGAGCUGGUACCAACAUCUGACCAGAUUGCCCUGUUCCUGUCUUCCCUCUCUUUGACAGAGGAUAUAGAGACAGAGCAUUAAUUUUGUUUCAACUAUAUAGUUUUAGUGCUUAGACUCUCCCUAAAAAUAUAAAAAAAAUAUUUGGAGAGCAUCUUCUAGGGAACACGGGUUUGUCUUUCAAUUGCAUUGAUUUGAAUGCAACUGUGGAUUCCUUUUAAAAUUAAAAACAUGCAGGGUUGUUCAAUAAACUACAAAUCGUAGCAAGUAAAAUCUAGAAGGAAAAAUUGAGGCUAAAAUAGUCUUAAACUGUGAUUGUAGCUUAGUGGAAUUUUUUUUCUAGAUUUGCUAUUUUAAAUAUUUUUUUCCCAUUCUCAUUAUAAAUUGCUAUAAUUUGGUGUUUUAUAAAUAAUCUUAAUAUUAAAAAAUAAUAAAUUAUUUAGGAAACUAAAAAUAUGAAUUUCCUUAUAAAUAUGCACAGUCUGCCAGGGGGCAGAAAAGGAUACUAUAGGUGAGUGAAAACAAAGGUUUACAGAUCACAAAAUUCUGAAAGGCUUAUUUUUGUUUCAACUUGUCAUUAUUCGUCAUUUGUAAAUCUGCAUUUUAUGCUUGUGUUCCUGUGUGCUUUAAAAUGUUCAUUCCACCUCUAGAAUUCACUAGGUGGCAGUAUAGGACUAUUAAUAUUUUUUCCAUUUAUUCAUUGAUGGUUUUUCUCCCAUAUGCUUAGGUUCAAAUAAUAUAUGCUAAAUUUAUAGCUGAAAGGCCAGGCAAAACUUCAGGACAAAAAUAAUACUCUGAUUUUACUCAGUUUAUAACUGUUUACACAAGUGGUCAAAAAUGCCUGACAACUGAGGCACUCCCCCUGUAGAAAAUCCUGACAAUUUGCAAAUGGCCAUUUCCUUGAAAUUUCCCAUUGGGCCUCUCUUGUUCUACUGCAAUAGGUAAUUGGCCCCUCAGCCCAGGGCCAGAUUAAGAGCCCAGUGGGGCCGGUGCUGACAGUUAUGAUGGGGCCUAAUUACAGAAUCUUAUCGACCAAAAACACUAAAACAGUCCUACCUCUCAAGCGUCAUGUAUCUGAUGGAGUUGGUGUUGGAGGGAAACUCAAAGGAUGCAGCUAUAAAAAAACACAUAUUCUAUGCUAAUCUCUUUAUCUAAUUUAUGGUUUCAUCUUUCAAGUAAAUCCAUACCCCCUAACAGCAGUGUCCAGUGAAGCAGGAAGCCAAUGGGAAGGGUAAAAGAGUAGGCCACUCAUGCGAAUCACGUGACCAGAACUGCCAAAAGGGGCGAACAUGCCCAAAAAGGGGGUAUGUCUGUCCAAAGAAUUGGAAGGCCAGCCUGGAAUCAGUGUCCCUAUGUAUCACAGUGUCCAUGCCCCCAUUUCGCCCAAUCCCCUAGUCUCCCAGUGUCUGUGUCCCCAUUUCUCCCAGUGUCCCCAUGUCUCAGUGUGUCCCGUGUCACUAGGAUACUAGGGGACACUGAGAGACAUGGGGACACUAAGAGACACAGGGACACUGAGACACUUGGGGACACUGGGAGACAUGGGGGCACUGAGAUACUUGGGGACACUGGGAGACAUGGGGGCACUUGUGGAUACAGACAUGGGGACACUGAGAGACAUGGAGACACUGGGAGACAUGGGAACACUGAGACAUUUGGGGACACUGGGAGAAAUGGGGUCACAGACACUAGUGACACAGAGACAUGGGGAUACAGACAUUUGGGGAAACUAAGACACUAGGGACACUGAGAGACAUGGGGACACUGGGAGACAUGGGGACACUGGCUGGGAGGCAUGGGGACACAGACACUUGGGGACACUGGGAGACAUGGGGGCACUUGUGGACAUAGACAUGGGGACACUGGGAGAAAUGGGUCACAGACACUAGGGACACCGAGACAUGGGGAUACAGACAUUUGGGGAAAAUAAGACACUAGGGACACUGAGAGACAUGGGGACACUAGGAGACAUGGGGACACUGCGACACUAGGGACACUGGCUGGGAGGCAUGGGGAGACAUGGUGACACUUGUGGACAUAGACAUGGGGACAUUGGGAGAUAUGGGGACACAGAGACAUGGGGACACAGACCUGGGAGACAUGGGGACACAUACACUACGGACACUGGCUGGGAGACAUAGGGACACUGGGAGACAUGGGGACACUGAGACACUGGCUGGGAGACAUGGGGACCACAGACAUUUGGGGACAUUGGGAGACAUGGGGACACAGACAUUUGGGGACACUGGGAGACAUGGGGACACUGGGAGCCAUGGGGACACUGAAACACUAGGGACACUGGCUGGGAGACAUGGGGACAGCGUCAGUGUCCCCAUGUCUCACAAUGUCCCCAUGUCUCACAAUGUCCCCAUGUGUCUCAGUGUCCCCAUGCGUCUCAGUGUCCCCACGUCUCCCAGUGUCCCCUAGUGUCUCAGUGUUCCCAUGUCUCCCUGCUGCCUUUCCCCUCAUCCCUCACUUCCCUGAGCUGUAGUCUGUCUCUGCAGGCUGGGAGCUGUUGUCUGAACUCUCUGUGCUGUGUAGCUGCUCCCCUGUGUAUUAGUGAGUAGAGAGAGGCAGGAAGGGAUAUGCUGUAACUUACUACCCCUACUGGCUGGUGCUGGUUUUGCAGAGUAAUCUCCGUUUAUACUGAGAAAUAUAUUUGCAUUUGUAUUGCCGGUAUUGCUGCAAUACCAUCAUGGCCAGGCAGCCUCAAAUAUUGGCUGUGCCUUAAAAUACUAGUCAGGUGGCAAACCUAAGAGUAGUGUAAAAAAAAAAAAAAAGUAAAAUAAAUAAAUAAAUAUAUAUAUAUAUAUAUAUAUAUAUAUAUUAUUUUUUUAAAUGGGCCUGGGCCUGGAGCUGCAGCUCCAUCAGCCCCUAUGUUAAUCCGGCCCUGCCUCAGACUCCCCCUAAUGCUGCCACUCAAAAUACACUGCCAGCUCCCUCCUGUUCAUAAUUUGGGGUGUGUAUAGCCUGCUAGGGGGCUCUGGUCCAUACAGGGCCAUCUUUAACGCGGGGCAAACGGGGCAGCUGUCCCUGCUGGGGGCCCAAGACACUAAAGACACUAAAAAACCCAUUUCCCCUCUGCCCGCAAACUAUGGGGGCCCUUUGGGUGGCCCAUGCACUUAGGGCCACCCAGUGGGCCUGUGUCAGCAGGGGCCCGGUCGGGCGCUGUGGCGCUUUAACAGUGCGACCAGGCCCUUGCUUUUCGGCAGCACUGGGAGGAAGUGACAGCCGCGCGUCACUUCCUCCCACAGAAACAGGAGCCGCGCGGGAGGAAGGAGCUGUUCCGGAGGGGGCCAGGCCGGGAGAGCUUAACUCCCAGCCACCCCAGCCAGCCCACUGAACCCCAGGGAAGCCACCCUCCAGAAAAAGGUAAGAAACUGGAGGGUGGUUAUCAAAUUUUGCAUGAGUGGAAGUCUGUCAGUGUAUCUGUAUGUCUGUGUGUGUGAGAGUCCAUCAGUGUCUGUGUGGUUCAGUGUGUCUGUAUGUGUGUAUGUCUGUCAGUGUUGCAGUAUGUCUGUGUGUGAGUCUGUCAGUGUCUGUGUGGUUCAGUGUGUAUGUGUGUUUCAGCAUGUCUGUCUUGUCUGUCUGUCUGUGUGCCAGAAUGUCUGUCUGUGUGCCAGAAUGUUUGUCUGUGUGUCAGUAUGUCUGUGUCUGUGAGUCUGUCAGUGUCUGUGUGGUUCAGUAUGUAUGUGUGUUUCAGUAUGGCUGUCUGUGAGUAUCAAAAUGUCUGUAUGUGUGUAUAUCUGUCAGUGUCUGUGUCUAUGUGUGUUUCAGUCUGUCUGUGUGUGUGUGCCAGAAUGUGUGUAUGUCUGUCAGUGUGUCAGUAUGUCUAUGUGUGAGUCUGUCAGUGUGGUUCUGUAUGUCUGUUUUUCUCAAUAUGUCUGUCAAUGUCUGUGUGUAUGUGUGUUUCAGUAUGUCCGUCUGUCUGUGUGUAUAUGUGCCAGUAUGUCUGUCAGUGUAUCUGUAUGUCUGUGUGUGUGAGAGUCCAUCAGUGUCUGUGUGGUUCAGUAUGUCUUUGUGUAUGUGUGUUUCAGUAUGGUUGUCUGUGUGUGAGUCUGUGUCAGUACGUCUGUCAGGAUGUGUCUCUGUAUCUGUAUGUUGUCCAUUUGUAUUUGUGUGUGUAUCUGUAUGCGUCAGUGUUUGUAUCUGUAUAUCUGCAUGUGUGUCAGGUUGUGUAUUUGUGUGUCUGUCUGUGUGUCAGUGUGUGUGUCGGUGUAUCUAUAAGUAGUCAGUGUGUGUACCUUUGUAUCUGCAUGUAUGUCAGUGUUUGUAUCUGUUUGUGUGUCUAUGUGUGUGUCAGUGUAUCUAUAUGUAGUCUGUGUGUAUCUGUAUGUUCUUGUGUCUAUCUAUAUGUGGUCAGUGUGUAUCUGCAUGUGUGUCAGGUAGUGUAUUUGUGUGUAUCUAGACGUAGUCAGGGGGCCCAAGUAAAUGCUCGCCUAGGGUCCAAUCUAAAUUAAAGAUGGCCCUGGGUCCAUAUGUGCAUUGCUUGUAUAGCUAUGUGAUGACACUCCAGCCCCUAUCCCACCACACUAAAACCACAACCCCCACAAUACAUUCCUAUUCCCCACACUAAAGCCACAAUCCCUUACAAUAUUGCCCCUUCCCCCUACUAAAGAAUCUAUCCCCCACAAAAUGUCCCCUAUCCCACAACAUCAAAGCCACAAUCUUCCACAAUACUGCCCCUAUUCCCCAGAAUACUAUAUACAUCACAAUAAACCCCUAAUUCCCCACAAGAGUGCUCUUUUCCCACAACAAUAGUGCCCCUCUCCCCCACAAUACAUUUAUAUGCAUUAUAAAGCCCUUAUUUGCCCACAAUACUGCCUUUAUGUCCCAACAAUAGUACCAAUAUCCCACACAAUACUGUCCAUAUCCCCCACACUUAUACACUUCUUAAUGUGCCCUACAUUACAGCCUUUAUCCUCUCACACUAAAGCCCCAAUCCUUCCCACAAUAUAGAACAUAUAUUCCCCCCCCCCAUACAUUUGCCCUACUUGGGGAUACUUCCCUAAGCAUGACAAGCCUGUACCAUGACACCAGCUCACUGGCUUCAUUGUUAGUAUGCUGGUGUCCAAACCUACACUUCCUAACUUGUGCUAGCAGCAAUGGCCUGGGAGGCAACAAUUCUUCAGCACAGGAGUCUAUGCCAAAGAACCGAGUGACAUGUGAGAGAAAAACCUCUUUGCGCGACAUCAAUGUAACCUGGCAACCAAGGAGAGUGGACUGGAAUGCACAUGCGUGAACAAUGACGGCUUCACUGUACUACUCAGCAUGCUGUGUGGCCGUUGCAUUAAAAAUGACCGAGCUAGUAGAGCAACAUAUUUGUAUCAAUUUUUGCGUUAAGCUUGAACAUUCUUCCAUGGAAACUAAUAGGAUGAUUCAGAAGGCUUUCUGGGACGAUGCAUGAGUGCAGCACAAAUAAAAGUGUGACACAAACACUUCAAAGAUGGUUGAGAAUCUCUUGAAAGGCGCCCUACCACUACUGGCUUUUACCAAAACUAAAAUCAUCUUUGAAAGGGAAAAGAUUUCAGACCGCUGAUGACAUUCAGAUAAGCUGAGGGCGAUUCCAAUAAAUGAUUUUGCAGAGUGUUUUGAACAGUGGAAGAGACACUGGGAGAACUGUGUGUGGUCUCAAGGUGCCUACUUUGAAGGGGACGGAGGCAUCAUGUACAAUGUUUCUUGUAAAUUGUAUCUUCUUCAAUAAAUGUCUCUUUUUCAUAUAACAUGGCUCGAUACUAAUGCAUAUAUUAAAGGAUCACCUGAGGGACCUGGCACCCAGACCACUUCAUUGAGCUGAAGUGGUCUGGGUGACUAUAGUGUCCCUUUAAUAAUGCAUAUAUAAAUAUAUCUAUUUUUUUACAUUUGUGUAUUACUAAUAUAUGCCUAUAAUAUUUACACACAUUCAUAUACAUGUACAUAUAUAUAUACAUGUUAUGAGCAUUUCGUGUUUUGUUUUGUUGCUAGGUGCAAACAAUGGCAUAUCUAAAGUGAAGAGCUCACUCAUAGGACUUGAAAAUAAACAAGCUACCUUCCUUUGUUUGCAGUUGUGCAACAGCAUACAGUAACCAUUUCAGUCCCAUUACCAAACUGGGCAGCAUAGGAAAGCAUUGGGAGGCUUUGAAGCAUGCGCUGCAAAAUGCCAUGCUACACCAAUCAGUAUCCCCUCAGAGUUAUGUAUUGAAUCAAUGCAUCUCUGUGGAGAAUAUUCAGCGCCUCCAUGCAGAGCACGGAGAUGCUGAAACGUUAGUGCUGCCCCAGGAAACAUCUCUAGUGGGAGUCUGAGUGACUGAAAAGGCAGUGCUUACAUUAAAAAGCCUACAGGGGCAGGCUGUAGACACCAGAACAACUACAUUAAGCUGUAUUUAUUCUGGUGACUAUAGUGUCCCUUCAAUAUAUGAAGGCCAUUGGACUGAAACAUUGACUAUAUGUGAAAGCAUAUCUGCUUCAAAUGUGGUUCUUUUGUUUAUUUUGAAGCUCUCUGAGUGCUUUCCUUCACUAUAAAGAACUGAUUUUCAAUUUUAAGUUAUCUUUUGUACAUAAUUAGGCUGGUAUACAAUUUUUCAAGUGCUGCAACAUAAAACAUGUACAUGGGGGUACUGUUACAUUCGUGAGACAUUGCUGAACACAAAUAUGUGUAUUUUAUUGCAGUAAAGGCUACCAGUAUUAUGUCAUUCGCAAUUAAAAUGCCACACAGAAUUUAGAAAAUAACAUUUCUUAAUUCCUCACACAUUUUUUAAUUUUAUUCAUAUUAAAUCAUGUUCCAUAUCUAAAUUUUUUAUGUGAAAUGAAAGCCCGUAAUCUACUAAACAAAAUGAUAUACAAUAAGUUUGGGUGCACUUAAUAUGAAAGAGGUAAAUUAUGGUUGAACAGACAAAUAGCACAGAUUCAGGUUUUGCUUCGUUCAGAACUUAUAAUUGCCUUCGUCCUUAAGAGGUUAAAAUAAAAAAAGGUGAUGCUAAAUUUUCAAGACAAUAUCCUUAUGAUUCCCUUUUGGGAAACCGAAAUAUUUUCCAUAAAACAGGGAAAAGAUGCUGCAAACAACAUUUCUGCUCGCUUCAAGGCGAUGAACUGUAGGAGCUGAUAUAUUUAUUUAUUUAUUUAUAAAAUAUUUUACCAGGAAAGAUACAUUGAGAUUUCUCUCGUUUUCAAUUAUGUCCUGGGUCCACAAAUCAUUGCAUUGUUACAAUUAGGGUACAAUAAAAUACAAAAACAAUAUUAAUACACAAUAUAUACAACAUUUAACAUAGAACAGGCAGGAAAUAUAUAAUCAACCAUGACACGUGCAUUCUGUUUUGAGGUAUGUAGAGAGAGAUCUCUUAAAGGACUUUAGGCUUAGGGAAGAUUUUAAAUUGUGCGGGAGGUCGUUCCACAAUUGCGGUGCUCUAUAGGAGAAGGAGGAUCGGGCCGCUUUCUUUUUGUAUUGAGGUAGACUAAAUAAAGUGCUUGUACUGGAUCGGAGCUUAUAGAAAGUGGGAACAGCUGAGAAUAUCAGUAUAUAUAACAAGUGCUUUUUAAAUUCAAGAGGACUGUUCCAUGUAAAAUUCAAUAUCAGUAAGGUAUCCUAUUCUAAGCUUUAGCCCAGUGACUUUAAUUAUUCCAAUGACUUGAAACAUAUUUUGAUAUUAAACUAGUCGUUGGUUGAUUGGCAUUUCUAAACCUUUUUAGAUCAGGUCAGGCCACUAGCUUGAAUACCUCACUUGAAUGGCAAUAAUUUGGAUCUGCAGGUAACUGUUCUUCAAACAUGUAACUACAAACACUGACAAUAUGUCUGUGGAUAUGUGCCCCUGCCCAGUCCAAUGUAAUUAGUUUUCUUGUUUGAGAAUUGUAUUGAUAUAAAAAGAGUAGAAAAAUAAAGCCCACUUACUACAAAAAACAACUGUAGGAGGCACCAAAGCGCUAGUUACACAUAAUCACGAUAUGCAUACUCUUAAAGGCAUCCCAGUAGGAGAAUGUUUUAAGACAAAUAACAAAACCUUUAAAUCAGAGGUAAAGAAACCAGGCUAUGUUAACAGAAAACGAGAGGUAAGGAUUCUAUCGCAUAUAACUGUUUUGUUGUUUGAAGAGAAAAUGUAAGCCGCAAAACAAAUUCAACUUCAUGUACACAUUCAUACAGGGAUAGGCAACCUUCUGCACUCCAGAUGUUGUGGACUGCAUCCCCCAUAAUGCUCUUAUUGCUGGCAAAGCAUCAUGGGAGGUGCAGUCCAAAACAUCUGGAGUGCCGAAGGUUGCCUAUGCCUGCAGACUGACAGCAGAUAUACUUACCUAAAGAUCACUGCCAGCUGUAAAUUAGCAUGUGAAAAUGGACGACACAGAUAAACCACAUAGCUUGGUGGUCUGCCAUGAACACCAUAUUUGCAGUCUUUACUACUGUGUUAAGAAUGGCAUUAUAAUUACUAUAGGAAUGAAUUUAAUGUAUCCAGUAUUCACACUUUGACUGGUACAAUGUGUAGAUGUAAUUAAUUCCAUAUAUAUGUAGAAAACAAGUCAUAUUUGUUAUUCAGGUGCACUUUAGGGAGUUCAGCAACCAAUAUGCAAAAGUUUAGGAGUGCUAGAAUACAUAUCCAAGUGCAAAAAUUAUUACAAAUAGGUUUAAAGGGAUAAUGGACUUUUAUGUAUGGUGUGCUGGAGAAUUUUUAUUUUCUUAUAUAUUUUAAUGGUGGUCGGUUGGUCACCAUCAGCAGUAUUUGGAAGCAGCUUUGAUGCAUAAGGAAACAUCCAGCAAGAUAAUUCUUGUGCCAGAGCCAUUACUUCGACACAUUAAUUGUUGGUCCCUUAACACAGACUAGCUGUUCAUACUUCAUAAUGGUGCUGACGAUUUAUGGAGUCAAAUGAUGGAGAGAACUUUGUAUCUAUUUUAAUAAAGGUUCAUCUCUGUGUAUUCUACAAACUUCCCAAAGGUCCCAAUUUGGUGGGACAUUCUCAUAUUUAUGGUAAUUUCAGCACACUGUGCCAAUUAGCAGAGCACUUUAAGUACUCUCUGGGCAUGUGCAGUACUGAUUAAAUGAAGAUCCAGUCCCUUAGCUAAACCAACUAACGAACACUAUAGUGAUAGGACAAACCUGUAAACAUGUCCCUAACUAGAUUUAGGCCUCCAAUGAGCAGUACAAAUUAGUAAAAGAAGUUUUACUCAUCUUUUUCCAAAGCCUUGUGCUACUACCUAUUACUACCCACUCCACACCCACCCCAGACGUCAUUGUAAAGUCAUUGAUUCCUUGGCAAUCGGCCAAUCCAAUGCUCCUAUUAGGAAAGCAUUGAAUUCAAUGCUUUCACAUGAGCUGCAUUUAAUAACAUUCAAUCUCCUUAUGGUCACAUGACAGGAAGACAGCCAGUAGACUAGACUAAGCUUUGCUGUUUCUACAAAACUGGAAUGUUUUACUUGCAGGAUUAAAACUACAGGACCCCUACACCCAGAGCUCUUCAUUGAGAUAAAGUGGUCUGGGUGAAUUAAGUGGUCCUCUAAGGUAUAUAUCAAUAUAAGUAGUGUACCAAACUAUAUGUAUCGUUAAACCAUCAAGUAAAUGUCUAUAUCUAUGCUCUGAGAACAUCCUGGUUCUCUCCUCAGGAACAUGUUCAUCACCGGAUAAAAUCUGUAACUGUGAUAGCAAUGACCACGUCUGGAGGACUGAUGAUGGAUUCCUACGUGACAAGGAAGCCCUUCCAGUGCAAGCUGUCCAUUUUGGUGAUACCGAUGAAUUUCCUGUUGAGAUGGCAUACCACACUAUCGGGAAACUGAGAUGUAGAGGUCAAGAGAUAUAGAUGCAGUUAUUGUUCUAUAUUAUAUAUGUGAUGUUCUAUCUGUUUUUUGUUUUGUUUUGACUGUUCUUUAAUUAAAGUGGAACCUUCUCUUUAAAGAAACACUAUAAGCACCAAAACUAAUUUAUCUUAAAGAAGCAGUAUCUUGCUCCUGCAGUCUCACUGCUCAACUUAUCAACUUAGGAGUCAAAUAAUUGUUGUUUCUGUUUAGACAGCCUUAGCCACACCUCCCCUGACCGUGACUCACACAGCCUGCAUUAAAAGAAUGAUUUAAUUUUCAAUCAGAUCUUACCACACAGAUUGUUUAUUUUAGUUCUUAUCUUCUGCUCUGUUAAUUGAACUUUAAUCGCACACAUUAUUAUUGGCAUUUAUAUAGCGCUUUACAGUGUUUUAAGGGAGGGAAUUCAACAAUAAAUGAGAAACUUACCAAUUAUACAGGAACAAUAGGUUGAUGAGGACACUGUUCAGACGAGCUUCCAAUCUAGAGGUGGUGGGGUAGAAAAACACAAUACGAAGAGUAGCAUGGGGAUAGCAAUCAGGUGAUAGGUUGGAAAAUUAGAAGAAUUGGAAGGUGAGACUUAAAUGGUCAAUGUACCCACUAAUGAAGUUGGAAAAUAAUUAAGUUACCCUGGGAGUUCAUAGGCUAUUAUAAAGAGGUGAGUUUUUAGGGACUUUUUAAAAGAAUGGAGACUAGGAGAGAGUUUGGUGGGGGGAGGCAGGCUGUUCCGUAUCAAUGGUGUUGCCCACAAGAAGUCCUGCAAGUGUGAUUAAGCUGUAGGGUAUAAGCAGCAGACAGAAGGUCUCCGGCAGAGCAGGGUGGUCAAGAAGGGAGAUAGCUAAGAAUUUGUGAAGAAAUGGAGCAGAGCUUUGUAGGUAAGAGUUUUAAUAUUAAUAUUUUGAAUUGCAUCCUAUAGGGUACUUGAAGCCAGGACAACAAUUGACACAUGGGUGACAUAUCCUACAGGACAGAAAAAUCAGCUUGGCAACAGCAUUCAUUAGACUGUUUGUUUUAUGGAGAGUCUGUCCAGGCAAGCUGGAAUUAUGAAAUGAAAAAUUGAGCAAAAUAUGCGAUAAAGUUGUUUUGGUGCUUAGAGUGUAUUUUUUUAAAGAACUCCAUAUUAUCACUUAGACAUAGGGGACCCCACCUGGAAAGUGGGAUGUAAUAGGGAUGGAAAGAAGAGAUAUUAUAGAGUAACAAGGAUGUUAGGGAGAAAAGGGUAAAGAAGGAACUGGCACCAGUGGCGUACAUACUGCGGUCGCAACUGCAACCGGGCUCGUCACUCCAAGGGGGCCCGGCCGCCCUUUGGAACCCUGUGACUGAGUGCCCACCACCAUGUGUUGCGUCCCCAGCCCGCACGGCAAACCGCCAGGGCCGCACGUUCAAUGGGCCCAUCGGAUGGCCCAUGCUGUUAGGGGCAUGGAUCAGUUUCGCACCGGGGCCCCAUGGAUUGUGUGUACGCCACUGACUGGCACAAAAAAGUGGGAGAAAGGAACCAAUUUAGAAAGAACAUGAAGGGUCAGAAAGGAGCAGUUUUGAUGUUCAGCGGGUACAGAGGUAAAACUGGAUUUGAACAAAUGAGCAAGGAGAUGAUUUGAAACAGUUGCAGCUGAAAGAGAUGGUAAUCUUACAUGGAAAGAUUUAUUUUUUUGCAUUGUUAAUUAAAUGUUGCAGUAAAUUCCACAUAUAUCAGUCAGGAAUGUAGUCAGAUUAAACGGUCACACAAUGCACCAUAACCACCUCAUCUUACUGAAGUGAUUAUGGGGCACAGCCUUUCCUUUUAAAACUGGUUUCACUUGGAGAUAAAAGCUUUGUAAUUAUAAUAAUUUCAUGUUUUUACAGCUACUAAUUUUCUGCAUUGAUUUAUCACUUAUAGUACG